CACUCAUUUACACACAUGACGUGUCCGGGACCCCCCCCCCCCAAACGCACGUUUUCGUUUCAUUUUGAAUUUACCCCCAACAUUCGUUCGUCUUCAACAUUCGUUCCUCUCUCCCCCAACCCUCCAGCGUCGUUUCCCCGAGCCCUCCAAACGCGAGAUUGCCCUUUCGUCUUCAAGAUUCACUCUCCCCCAACCCCCCGCGUUUCCUCCCUCCCUGUUUUGUCUCCCAUCCCUUCUCUUUCCUUAUUCUCCCCCCCACCCCGAGACUCCUCUGCCCUAAGGGAGGCCCUGUCCCGCGAUUUUGAGUUCCUCCCCCGAAGGCCGAGCUCCUCGCAGAUUGAAGCCCUCAAUCCACCGACACGAAGCCCAGAGCUGCGGGAGGGUUGUCUUUCCUUUGACAGAAUCACUAUGGCAUCUUCUCAAUCAUCAUCUUUAGAUAAUGAUUUUGUGAUGGAGUCACCAACUUGUUGGUGUGGUUUGAAAACGCCACUAAAGACGUCCUACACUAAGAAAAAUCCAGGAAGGAGAUUUUUUGCCUGCCCCAAAUAUAAUACGGAAGAUGCGAGGUGUGAAUUCUUCGUAUGGGCGGAUAUUUUUCAGUUGUUAGUGGAGAACAUGUUAUUAAAACAGAACUCGCGGCGUAAUACAUGGGAUGAUGUAUUAUGCCGCGAGUAUGCCGUUCGGAAAAGGGAAGAAAAAGUGAGAGAGAUAGCGAAGAAUCUGAAAAAGGAAAAGCGAAAGUUAUUUUGUUUGUACUGGAUUAUCACCUUUGUAAUAUUGUUUGCUUGGUUUGGAUAAA